UUCAGUUUUUACUCUAUUUUAGUAUUUAUAAUUACUUAAAUUCAUUUCAAGUAUGCUGCUUGGAUUAGGAAAUCCUUUGUUGGACAUUUCUGUUAAUACAGAUGAGGCUUUUUUGUCUAAGUAUGGCUUAGAGGCCAAUAAUGCCAUCUUGGCUGAAGAGAAACACAUGGAAAUGUAUGCUGAAAUGGCCAAGAUGUCUGGGGUAGAGUUUAUUGCUGGAGGAGCCACUCAGAACUCCAUGAGAGUUGCACAGUGGAUCCUGGGGAAAGAUAACAUGACUACAUUUUUUGGUUGUGUGGGCAAAGAUGAGUACAGCAAAACACUCUUAGAAAGGGCAAAUGCUGCUGGUGUGUGUGUCAAGUAUCAGUUCCAUGAUUCUCAGCCAACUGGCACGUGUGCUGUGGUGGUCACAAAGGGAGGCAAAUGUCGGUCAUUGGUGGCCAACUUGGCUGCUGCCAACCACUUCUCCAAGUCACAUCUUGACAUUCCUGAGAAUAAAGCUCUCAUUGAGAAGGCUAAAUUCUACUACAUCUCAGGCUUCUUCUUGACUGUUAGUCCUGAGUCCAUCCUUGCCAUUGGAGCGCAUGCAUUGGAACACAACAAAACAUUCUGUAUGAACCUCUCAGCCCCAUUCCUGUGCGAGUUCUACAAGGAGCCAAUGAUGCAAGCAUUCCCCUACAUUGAUAUCAUUUUCGGCAAUGAAACGGAAGCAGCCAAGUUCAACGAGGUGCAGGGCCUGGGGGCGACGUCUGUCACUGACAUUGCGCUCAAGAUCGCCGCGCUGCCCAAGCUUAACACGAAGCGCUCACGCGUCGUCAUCAUAACUCAGGGCGCUGAUGCAGUCAUCUCUGUUGUUGAUGGCGUGGCGCGCGAGCAUCCCGUCCAGAGACUCACGGACGAGCAGCUCAUCGACACCAACGGCGCAGGCGAUGCCUUCGUUGGAGGAUACCUGGCCGAGUUGGUGAGCGGCAAGGGCGUGGAAGACUGCAUCAAGUGCGGCAUCUGGGCUGCAACUGAGAUCAUCCAGCGCUCUGGCUGCACCUUCCCUCAAGAACUCUCAUACGCGUGCUGAUAUUAGCACCCGAUGUUCUGUGGCGCUGACUUGACAUCUUCCUGAUAAAUCAAUUGUUGCUUCAUCAGCCGCAUUAAUGUCUUAAUUCCAUAUUUACAAAUCUAUUUGUCGACCUUUUUAUCCUCCAUAUCUGUUUUUUUUAAGUCGUCUGCUUUGACCUCUAUUUUUGCCUUAUUUGUAAGUCGUAAAUUUUGUUUCUCUAUUUGUCCUUUACUUCGGGAGUCGUCUUGUUUCUUUACUCAUUUUUGUUAAAGUUGAAAAGUUGUUGUUGUUUCCCUAUUCGUUUUCAAGUUUAUGAAUCAUCAAUUUUUUCACAUUUUUGCUUAAUCUUGUCAGUAAAAACAAACAUGAAUAUAAAAAACAAUGCACUCAGAUAUACAUCUAGGUUAUUAAUUAAUGGAUACAUUUUUUGCUUGGAAGGAAUCUCUUGCGGGUAAUUGACGGUUAUUAGCAAGUUCUGUCUAUUGGUGGUCAACGUGUCUGAGCAUCAGCAUAACAGACUCUUGACGCCUUAAUUCUGUUAUCAGUUGAGCUUUGGAACUUAUCAUCAUUGAGAGAUUGUAUAACUUGUGCUACUGAUCACCUACAUCUCACAGAUCUGCUUUGCUGAAGACUGCUCAGGUACAAAUGCAGCACUAGCAGCUGCUGCUGUUGGGGGUGCUUGUGAUCCUAGUGCUAUUAGUGCUCUUGGUGCUGCUCCUAGUGC